UCAGUCGAUAUACAAGUUUCAAUCUGAGAGAACAGAGAAAGAGCCGAAAGUUGUAAACAGUCAGAUUAAACAAAUUUUGAAUUGAUCGUUAGUGAAUACCGUAAGCAAACCCCCCACAUAGAAAACGAAUGAAAUAAGGAAAGGAAUAAAUAGUGUGCGAGUCUCGUUGUAUGGUGUAUUUUAAUGAGACAAAGUUAACAAUAAACAACGUUCAUAAUUAACGGUGAAAAAGGAAUUGAAAAUCAACAAUAAAAAUCGAUAAAAAUAAAAAAAUCGAUUUAAUUCAGAGAUAAAAUUAAUAUACAAAAAAAUGGAUGAGCCGCGAGUAAUUUUUAUCGAAAUUCCAACAAUGAAUAAAUCGCGAAGUGUGUCACCAGUAUCACCAUCUAUGUAUCGUGACAAAAAUACAGGAUUUUUCGACAUGCUUAGCCGACGUUUUGGCCGUCGAUCACACGAUGAGCUAUAUUUUUCACAAAAUGAACGUGAAGAAGAUACACGAAGUUCAUCCACCGAAUCAUGUUCAUCGACAUCAGUUCAAUUGGCUGGACGAAAUGAUGGUUUAAAUAAAACGUGCGUCGAACCAUUACCAUCAUCAAAUAAACAACGCCACUAUAUUCGAAAUUGUUCAUGUGAAUCGCACAGUUCAAGUGCAUCGAGCAGUGAUUCCGUUGAAAAUACAACACCAAAUGGUUUAAAUGUUCAUCGUCGAUCAACAUCAUCAAUUCGACGUGCUAUGCAAAAUUUAUCAAUAUCAACACGUUCAUUGUCAUGCAGUAGCACUGGAAGAGAUCAAAAAGAUCAAAAAGCUAAGAAAACGAAAAAACCACCGCCACAACCAAAAUGCAUACUACGUCAGCCAAUUUCCUACACAUAUUUGAAAGGGAUAUCGGGACUGCCAACAAAACGAGUACCAACAUCAUCAAUAUGCUGCUACUAUCCUACACAUCGAUAAAUGUAUAACAAGCAUUGCCAUAACUCAACUGAAAGACUUCUAUUGGGAAUUUCUAUCAAAAAUCGAAUGCUCGAGAAAAGUCUUAUUUUAAACAGAAACAAAAUUUAAACAAAUGAAUAAUAAUCAUAAUGAUACUAAUAACAUUAAUAGUAAUCGAAGCUAUCUCACACGAAUCGAUCACAAUUUUCAAUUGAGCAUUUUCGGAAUUUGCUGCUUCUAUCGAACUCCAACACAGUGGGGUUUUUUCUCCAAAUAAUAACGAAAAGACUAUAUAGGUAUUAUUGUCACUUGUAUCAUUUCGAUUUACCCCAAAAUGAAAGUAAUAAAAUGGCAUUCAAGCCACAACAUAAAUACAUUCAUAAGUGCUGCCAGAAAUCAUCUGCCAUCAUCGUAUACAAAUACGAUUGUUACUUAGUAUGGGGCAUUUUUGAUGAUCCAGCUAACAUAUUUUAUUGCAUAAAAUACACGAAUACGAAACACAUACAUGUAUACCUAUAUAUACAAACACACACUCACACUAUGAUGAUGUAGUUUCAUUGCGUUUGUCCCUUCGCUGUGCAUGCAGUUCGAAAAUACUGCAACGGAAUGCACGAUGAUGCAAUGCGAAUGUCAUCAUCUUUUAAAUUAUAAGAGUCAUAAUAUUAUUUUAGAUAUUCAUUUAUUUAUUUAUUACCAAAACUGAUUGCAAUUACAACAUAAUAUUUAUUUACGGAUAUU